UUCCUCCAGUCGUUACCAGGGGCGUGGAACCAAGCGAGCUGAAUGGGAAACACAUUUGUGUGCCUCCUCACCGGUGUAUUAAGCCUAAAUGGGGGGGAAGAGAGAGACGACGAUAAGCGAAAACAGUCGUACACGUAAAUUAAUUUCCGAGGGGACGACAGGUAAAGUAACCCCCCCCCGUGUCUUAAAGCCGAUUGCUCUUCAACUACACGCUCCGCAUUGAGCAGCAGCAGCCACGAAGAAGAAACAGCGGAGAGACUCGGCAGCGUUUAGCUCCAGUAUCUGCAGCCGAAGAAGAGAGGGAUGCGAGGACUUGGAAGGAGAUAAAUAAAACGUAUUCGUCUUUUUUUGUUUCUUUUUCUCGUCAGUAUGGGAUUUGGGUUCAGUUAGCAAACGGCGAGUUUACCGAAUUUGUUUGCGGUCGUUGGUGGUGAGCUCUCGUCCGUGAAAAUGGGGAUAAUAUGCAGAUAGGGCGUUUUUAAAGUCCACCUUUUGUCGUGGACGGUCGGCUAACGUUAGCGGGGUUCGCCGAACAGUGGACCUGGCAGGUUUGCGUGUAUCGCUAGCGUGAGUUUAGCCGAGGUCGUGUGGUCGGUUAUCUUCGCUUUUCUGAAGUAGCUCUUCUUGUCGGAUGAAAUCUUGUCUAUGCCAUCCAUCCCAGUGUUGUUAGGGGCCUCUGCUGGCAAACUGCGUCACCGAGUGGGCGCUGCAGGUAUCCAUCUCUAAAAUCUGCAUGUUAGGAAGUCUAGCCAUGGCACGGAUGACCUGGAAACCAAAGUGAGUGAACUUUUCAAGUCACCAUGGAGCCGGAGGCUAAUUCAAACUCCGAGGCCCACCAAGAACUAAAAUAUACAUCUGUACCCAGCUCUCAGUGUGAACUGGCCAUGGGUGAUGGGAAUAUCAACCUUGUGGAUCCAGUAGUGAGAGGAGGGAGUGACCCCAGUGCAUACCCCUCAUCGAGCUAUCAAAGGAGUGUGCAUCAGAGAUUCAUCAGGAGGAGUCUGUGGUUUUCGGACACAGACGAGCAGGCCUUUGAAGCACCUGAAUGUGAUAACAGGAGCAAGAUCCUAAACAUAAACCUGCGAACAAUAGUGGACAGGACUCGGGGGACUAGUUGUGGGAUACAAGAGGGUUCCAGCACUGAAAGCCAAGGUGGGCACAAAGACAGCGCAACAGAGAGCGCCAGUGCUGAUGAGGAGAAAGAAAAAGGUGGGGAUGCAUUAAAUGUUACGUGCAGUGAUGGUGCUAAAACUGCCAUCAAGGCAGCCAGCGAGGAGAAUGAGGAGGAGGCAGAGAUGAAAGCAGUCUCCACAUCUCCGGGAGGAAGGUUCCUCAAGUUUGACAUUGAGCUGGGGAGAGGGUCCUUCAAGACAGUGUACAAGGGCCUGGAUACUGAGACCUGGGUGGAGGUUGCCUGGUGUGAGCUGCAGGAUCGGAAGCUGUCAAAAGUGGAGCGUCAGCGCUUUAAGGAAGAAGCAGAGAUGUUGAAGGGUCUUCAACAUCCCAACAUUGUCCGUUUCUAUGACUUCUGGGAGUCACCCCUUAAAGGGAAGAAGUGCAUUGUUCUGGUAACAGAGCUUAUGACGUCAGGGACGCUAAAAACCUAUCUAAAGCGUUUCAAGGUAAUGAAGCCCAAGGUGCUGAGGAGCUGGUGCAGACAGAUCCUGAAAGGCCUCCACUUUCUCCACACCAGGACCCCACCCAUCAUCCAUAGGGACCUCAAAUGUGAUAACAUCUUUAUUACUGGACCUACUGGGUCAGUCAAGAUAGGGGAUUUAGGACUGGCAACACUCAAGGCAGCUUCGUUUGCUAAAAGCGUCAUAGGCACCCCUGAGUUCAUGGCUCCAGAGAUGUAUGAGGAGCACUAUGAUGAAGCUGUGGAUGUCUAUGCCUUUGGCAUGUGUAUGCUAGAGAUGGCCACCUCCGAAUACCCCUACUCUGAGUGUCAGAAUGCUGCUCAGAUUUAUCGCAAAGUCACGAGUGGAGUGAAGCCAGCCAGCUACAACAAGGUUAUGGAUCCUGAAAUCAAGGAGAUUAUUGGGGAGUGUAUCUGCCAAAAGAAAGAGGAGCGGUACACCAUAAAGGACUUGUUGAACCAUGCAUUCUUUGCUGAGGACACAGGUGUGAGGGUAGAGCUGGCUGAGGAAGAUGAUGGGAAAAAGGCCUCAAUAGCCCUCAAACUGUGGGUGGAGGACCAUAAGAAGUUAAAAGGGAAGUACAAAGAGAGUGGAGCCAUCGAGUUCACGUUUGACUUGGAAAAGGAGGUCCCUGAGGUUGUGGCACAAGAAAUGGUGGAGUCUGGCUUCUUCCACGAGAGCGAUGCUAAGACUGUGGGAAAGUCGAUCAGGGACCGUGUGGCACUGAUCAAGUGGAGAAGAGAGAGAACAGUGUCUGCGGCAGUUGCAGUGGAUCAGGGUGAAGGAGGACACAGGGUCCAGAUGACACCAUCUCAGGGCGUCUCUGCUGGGACUGCCCAUGUAGGACAACCCCCUUUGCUGGAACCAGAAGAGCCAGAGGCAGACCAGCACAACAGGCUGCGUAACCUACCAGCCAGUGCCACCUCAGUGACGUCAGACAGCACACUUGACAGUGGAAUGGGCUCCACUGUGUACUCAGACUCCCACAGCAGCCAGCAGAGUGUCCUCUACCAGUCCCUGCUGGAGCCUAUUACUAUGGCAACGCAGCAGUGCCAGAGCAGUAGCCCUUACCUGACAGAUCGACCUCACUCCUGUGAGAAGGGAGAAAUAUGGGGGGCAACGCUGAGCCCAGAGCUCAGGACUCGAUUGGGAGCUGCAGCCAGGAGAGGAAGUGCCCCUGUUAUUGACACUCAGAGGGCAAACAACAUUGCUCGACUCAAUGCCAUCACUCAAACUCGGAGAUCAAUUAGUCCUACCCACACUGUACAAGAAAACCAGUCUGGACUCAGCCCCCCCGAGCUUCAUUUAGAGGCUGAGGAUGGUUUCCCCUCCCAGAAUGUUCUGCCAGUGCUGCAGAUCUCCCCUGUCUCGUCACCCUCUGAGUGCCGCCGCCUUAGUGACACCAGCAUCAGACCGCAAUCAGAGCCCAGUGAGAACUUAACAGUGCCUGUGCAAAGGGGACGCAGACACUCUGACCUUAGUAGUCUUCUGAGUUUAACUGCUCAUCAUAACCACCAUCUUGCAAUGCAUAAAACCCACAUGUGCCAGGCCUGCCUCUCUUUGCUUCUUUUGAGGUCACAAGAUGGGAGCCACCGCCAUCCUCCUUUUGUCAUGCCAACACACCACUGUCCAUGUGACUUUAGACACCACCCGUCCUGUGGUGGAACAACGACCAACCCUGUUUAUGCUCGGCCGAGAGGUUUCAGUGAUUGUUCUGAUUUCACACUGCUGCAGAAGUCCCUGUUCAAUAUAAUCAGCCGCAAGCCCCCCUCUUGUCACAACACACCCACCCAAGCCUCACUGCUGCAUCCCUCAGCUGCCAACAGGCCUGCAUGCAGUGAUGGAGACGGCAGCCCAAAGAGUCAUCUUAUGAGCAGCAGUUCAGUUGGGGACCAAGAACCACUCAAGGACAGCGAGGAUAGAUUCUGUGGCGAAGAGCAGCACGUUACCGGGGCUGUGGGAGUGACCAGUUCUGCAGGUCACCAGAAUCAAGCAUCUGUCCAGGGCCUGCCUUCUUCCAGCACAGCAGUGCAUACACCACUGCAGUACCAUCAGCCUGGACACAGCUACCCUGCUGCUCCAUAUGCUGGUCAGCCCAGUGCUGCAACACCAGCUCCAGCUAGUCUCUGUUUAGUCAACAUCCAGCACGCAGGCAGCGCUGCCAGCUAUGCACCUCCAAGUGUGCAGCAGAGCCAAGCUGCAGCAAAUAUUUCUGCAUCGGCUGUACCUCAGCAUAUUGCACAGAGCCACCAAGCACCAGGCCAUCAACAGCAGCAGGCGACAGCAGCGAGCUCUUUAACUUUCCCCUUGCAAGUCCAACAGACGUGUCAGAAUUGUGUGGCUCCAGCUCAGCAACAGGCUCAGUCUGCAUCAGGAUAUCCUACUCCAGUUCAGCAUCAGACUACAGCUGCCACUCUGCCAGCACAAAGCUACCCUCUUUCAUCUGUAGCCCCAGCUAUGGCAGCCACAGGCCAGUGUCAUCCUGCACAAGCUCCCAGCGCACUGCAGCAGGUUCAAGCCGCAGUCAAACUGCCAAGUCAGCAGCCUGGUCAGAGCUCCUCCACACCAGCACUUUACAGCCAGCAGAUACCCAUUCAGCAAGAGCACCAACAGCUGUUACCGCAAAAUACUCAAUCCAGUAUACAACAGACACAAACUGCUGGGCAGGCUUAUAUUCCACCUCAGCUUCAGCAUAACCAAGAUACUGUGCAUCCCAUACACCAACAAAUGGCACAACAGCCUAUCCACCAAUCUCAAAGUGGUCAGCAACAAUUGCACACCCCUGCUCUACAGCAGCACAGUCAGAAAGCCAUGCAAACAGCAGUUCCACGGCAGAGCCAGGAUAUAUCCCAGUCUACAGUCCAACAGGUCCAGACCCCAGCCUCUCAUCCUCAUCCCACAGCAACCCCAGCUGUUCAGGUUGCAGCCACACAACAGAGUUACCCUGCUGCAGGUCUACCUGAUGCUGCUGCUCAGAGCUAUGCACAUUCUGCCCUCAGUGCGCUGCAGCAACAGACCGCUCCAGCUCAGAGCCAGUACCAACCUGCACAGUCUGCCGCUGCUCCACAGACCUAUGGAGGAGCUACCCAGAUAGUGACUCCUCAGAGCCUACCAGCCUCUUCCCAGCAUGGCCAGGCUGCACAUAUUGCCCAACAGUUUCAACCCUAUCUUUGCAUCGCUGCUUUCCUGAACCAGAAUAUUCCUGCCGGUCAGAACAUUUCACAGCAUGGACAAGAUGUACAGGCCCAUGGGCUUAAUCUUAGCCAGUCCACUUCCAGUAUGCUUGCACAGGCACUUCCUCCUCAGCAGUCAAUGGCUCAGGCUACUGUCCAUCAUCAACUCCAACCUCUGCAGAUAUCAACCUCCCUACCACCAACACACCCAUCCCAGUUUCCUUCACAGUAUCCCACAGUCCAGGUGAUGACAGCUGUGACUGACUGUGAAUCCUCCUAUUCUCAUUCCUGCACUGCUCCUCACCCUUCAACCUCCUCUUCUCUUAAUCACAUCUUCCUCUCUCCUGGACAGACUCUCCCUGUAACCCCCUCUGUCUCUCCCCUCUCUCCUCUGAACAUUGAAAGCACAUUAGUUUCACCCAUCCCAGUGUCCCUCAUGCCUUCCCCCUCACCCGUGCUGGGUAAGGUGGUACCCACAUCCCCACAACACCAGCCCACCACCGCUCUGCAGCAGACUGUUAGAUGUGAAGCUUCUCAUUCACAACCUGCAUUUAUAUCAGCACUAACCACCCAUCCCAUACACACUCACAUUUCCCCAUCUCAAAACACACACCCUCCCACAAAUGGCAGCACUCAGCCUCUGAUACAGCAGGUUCCCCCGCAGGCCCAGGUCAGUCAUCCUGAUCUUGUUCCCUCUGCUCAGCCAGUGCAGCCUGCACUCUUCUCCCCACCUGUGCAGAAUGGGGCUGACCCAGGCGCAGCCGUUGCUGCUGCCCAGCUGGACAACAGCAAUUCAUGCCAGCUGGCCCUGCAGGCCCAGGUCCAGAGUCAGGUCCAGAGCCAAAUUCCUGUGCUGCAACCCUCUGACUCUCAGAGAGCAUCAUCUGGGUCUGCCAGUUCUAGUAUGACUCAGCAAAAACAUCCCAGUACAGCCGAGACCAACACAGAGGAUCAAGCUGCAGAGAAACACACUGCAGGACAGAGCUAUGACAGUGUCAACUCUGAUGCCACGUCAGGGAAGGAGAUGAGUGAUGGUUAUGAGGGGACACAUGGAGGUAAAGGUGAAGCGAAGGUCCGCAAACACCACCGCAGGUCCACACGCACUCGCUCUCGUCAAGAGAAGAUUAGCAGACCAAAGCUCAGCAUGCUCAAUGUGUGUAACACUGGGGAUAAGAUGGUAGAGUGUCAGCUGGAAACUCAUAACCAUAAGAUGGUGACAUUCAAGUUUGACCUGGAUGGAGAUGCACCAGAGGAGAUUGCUACAUACAUGGUGGAGAAUGAUUUCAUUCUACCCCUGGAAAAAGAGGUCUUUAUUGAACAGCUGAAGGACAUUGUGGACAAAGCUGAGGACAUGCUGAGUGAGGACACGGAGGGUGAGAGGAACUCUGACCAGGGAGGCAGUCCCAAACAGAGUGAAGGAGCUGACACACUGGGAACAGAGGCUUCAGCACCCAGCACCCCACAGCUGGUGUACCAACAAAAUGUCCUCCACACUGGCAAGCGCUGGUUUAUCAUCUGCCCUGUAGUUGAGACGCCCAUGCUAGACAAAGAGAAGACUACAUCUCACACCUCUACAGCCCAGGAAUCUGAAAAGUCUGUUUCAUCGUCAGUCAGGCCCAACAACAACGCAGCUGCAGUGACUACCCCAGUCGCAUCUUUAUCUUCCCAAAGCCAGUCCUCCUCCUCCUCUCUGCCCUCUGCUGCUCAGGCCUCAGUGCAACCUCCAGACCAAAACACUGGCAAAGCCCGGGUUCAGCAGACUCAGCCCUGUGUAACUAAACAUGCCCUUGCUGCUGCUGCUGGUGUCAGCCAUAAAAACUCCCUUCCUGUGGAAGAACCUUGCAUCUCUGCUGUCUCUAUGGUGACGGACAUGCCAUGCUGUGCUAUUGUGCCACCUGUCUCUCUGGAUGUGAAUGCCCUUGAUAAAGGAGCAGCUGGAAGUUUGGCCUCGUCUCAAACUAAUCAGCCCAAUGAGAAGGCCAGUCCCACUGGAGAGUUACCCCCUCAGCUGGCCUCCCAUCAGUCUGUGGUCCUGCAGCAACCAUAUGCCACGCCCAUGCAGCCUGGGACAGUGACCUCCCAGCCCCAGAGUCCAGCACAUCAGCCCUCCCAGACCUCCCAGAACUCGCAGUCGUCAGGUCACCAGCAGCCAGCGAGUGGGGGGCCAGGAGAGUCAGACGGCGAGGGACCACGCAGGGUGGAGUUUGUUGACCGCACCAUAAAGACUUUGGAUGAGAAACUGAGGAACCUGUUGUACCAGGAGCAUGCUCCCUCCCAGCCCUCCAGCACGGCAUCUGAUCCCCAGGCCUCCAGCACAGAGGGAGUCAGCUCUCCUCCAGUCUCAGACAGCCAGAGCACUGAAGGAGCCCUUAAAAAGAAGAAGGGGGACCCACUGCCUCAGAUUCCUGAGCGCACAGAUAGUGUGGGUGCACUAAGUGACUCUGCAGUGGCAGCCACUAACAGGGUUUUGAAAGGAAGAGAUGCGACUGUCAGCUCCAGUUCAUACAGCUCCAAAAGCCGUUUUCAAAUCAUCCCUACUCCACCAGAUGUCAUUUGUCGUUUAGAGAAAAGCAAGACGAGCUGCAGCACCGGCAGUUCUGCAGCACCCUCUAGUGGUUCUGGAGGGUCUCACAGCCUCACCCAGGCCCCAGGCAGGAAAGAAAAGGGCGGUGAGGCUGCGGGCAAGUCAUCUGCUACAGCUGCAGUUGAUGAUGAGAAAGCAGGAACAUCCAAAACCCACAGCAGUAACCGCUACUCUGCCCCUCCAAACUUAUACCAGGCCACCUCCACUUCUAGUCCCGACAUCACCCCGCGCCAUAUCCCCAGAGCUCAGACCAUUGACACUCCGACCCAUCACCACUACCACCACUCCUCUCACCUCUACUCUGACUCAGCAGAUGAGGACAGCAGCAGCAUAGCUCUCCCUCCGGCCCACCCAGCUCCUCCAGCUCAUGCCCUGUCUGAACACAGUGGAAGCGACCUCAUGAAGAGGGCAGUGGCCUUCCUGCGGCGCUCUGGUCGGAGCAAAAGUGAGCAGAGCUCCGAUUCACCGUGCCGACAGCCCGUGGCAAUGAACGGUCACGCGCCCUCGCCUUCUGCAGGGCACGCCCACUCAUCCUACAUCAGCAGUGACAAUGACUCUGAGUUUGAGGAUGCAGAUAUGAGGAAGGAGCUGCAAAAACUGAGAGAAAAACACAUGAAGGAGAUCUCUGAGCUGCAGGCGUUCCAGAGGAGUGAGAUUGAGCAUCUGUACAAGGAGCUGGGCAAAACUCUGCCCCCCAAUGUCGGCCUACUUCACGCUGCACCUCCAAGCGGCCGCAGGCGCAGGGCCAGCAAACACAAGCUGAAGGCUGGAAAACUGCUCAAUCCGAUGGUGCAGCAGCUCAAAAACAAUCUUAACACCACCCCUGAGAGGAAAGGUGAGAGUGCUGCAAGUUCAUCUGGCUCCCCAGCUAAAAGUUCAGUUCUGUCAGAUGGCUCUGCCCACUCCAGCGGCAGCUCCAGCUCCAGCAAUCAGCCCAACGCCGGCCCAGAGCAGGUCCACACUCAGCAACCCUGUUCCCUGAAGGGCUCUUUCUCCUCAGACAACAUCUACGCUGGGCUACACGGUGAUGGAAUGGCCACGCAUGCAGGCCCUGGCCAAGGCUGGACGGUUUACCACCAAACGUCAGAGAGAGUCACCUAUAAAUCUAGUAGCAAACCACGCACUAGAUUCCUCAGUGGACCUGUGUCUCUGUCCAUCUGGUCCACUCUGAAACGACUAUGUCUAGGCAAAGAGCGCAGUAGUAGGUCUUCCCUCAACACCACCACAGCACAGACAGCUGCCAGUCAGACACAACCGACACUCACCACGGCCACACCCUUGCCAUCACCUCAGCCAAUCACGCGGCUCGCUCAGGUCCAGACCAACAACAGCAACAACAAGAGGGGCACAUUCACCGACGAUCUUCACAAGCUGGUCGACGACUGGACGAAGGAGACUGUGGCCGCAGCCAGUCAGCCGCGACCCUCCUUGAACCAGAUCAAAGAGCAGAGACGCCAGCAGGACCUGGAAUACAGAGCGCCACCCAUGGGAGCAGCUACGCAUGAGAUGAAAUGCCAUAUUGGUCCCAGCAAGUUCCAGCUGCCUCUUUCCUGCCCCCUGACUGCUGCUUUAGGCCCUGGUGUGCCCACAAACCUAGCUCCCAACUCUUCUGCAAUGCUCCCUCCAGGGUACCUUCUGCCAGCAGGCACCUAUAGCGGGAUGGUUCCCGGUCCUCUUUACCCCCAGCAGUGGCCCGGCUUGCCUAGCCCUGUAGGGUCCAUGGGUCCCGUAGGCCUGCUCGGUGCUGCAAGAAUGAUGCCCUACGCCACGAUGGCAAGCCCUGGGAUCCAAGCCUACCCUGCUCUGGUCAUGCACAACCCCGAGAACGGCCCCUGUCCAAAAACCACAAGGACUACCUAAUCUGCUAACUAGAAUCUGUCAGUGUGUACGGGCAGGAUAGUCCAACUCCACUCUGUUCUGGUUCACCAGAGCCACAACUGUACAUUAUCUGAUAUUGUAAAUAACUUGAGAGUGUUGAUAUUCUUUAUACAACACAUAUAUCUGUAGUAAAUUGUGUGUGUGUAUGUGUGUGUUUGAGCGCGCGCGUUUGUAUGUGUGUAUACUAUACAGUACGUGUUAAGUAAGUAUGUCUGAAUACCUAAUGCUUUUUGGCUUUGGUCUUGACUAAACUCAGCCAUAGGAGACAUUUUGUCUGCGGUCAUGAAAACAUAUUUCACUGUAUUUGUUAUUAUUGCAGUUUUCACAUUGAUUUUUGCCUUUCUCGGUGUUACGUACACUUUAAACACUACAUUGGACUCCAAAUACCAGUGGUUUGAGAAACAGCAACAGGACAGUAUUUAUGAUGAAAAUAUUCGAAGGAAUGUAGUGCCUUGAACAUUGAUUUAUAAUUUUCUUUUCCUCUGUGAAACAAAGCAUGUCUGCAUCCAAGUUAUUUUAAGUUAACAGUAGCUUGAGUGCAGUCUUGUUUUUUUUUUUUUUUUUUUUUUAAAUGCAUUACAGACACUUUUGUUUUUUGGUUUACAUAUGAAUGCCCUUGUAGUACUGCACUAUUAACACAGUAUAUGCUCUUAUUAAUAAUAAAAUCAUGUUUUAACCCUUGUUUACUUUCCACCCCUGUGACAGAUGGAAUGCCAUAGUGGUGCGACGAACCGUUGCCUUGCAGAAACAAAUGGUUAAUAUAUGACUGAUGAAAGGAGAAAAAAAAUGUUACUACGCCAGCAGCCAAAAUCCACUCUUUCAGGUCGAAUGGUUCAGUUGGACACAGCACAAGAGUCAGCAGUGUUGUAGCCUUGUGCUUGGAGGAAAGGCAGUGUCCAGAGCCAUAUAUACUGUACAUAGUUCUUUUUACAGUAUACGCCUCUGGUAGUGUUCUGAUCAGAAUGUAGCAGUAAAUAUGCGACGGCUUGAGGCUUAAAAGUGCAAUUUAACCCCUCCACAAAGCUUUGAUCGUGGCCUUGCCACAAGCCUUAUCUCUAAUGUGUGCAACAGGAGGAAGCUGAAAAGUUGAACAAAGUUACAAAUCACCAAGCAACAAAUAGAAAUUACCAGGCAAAUGUAUAAAUCUUACAAAUCACCCAGCAAACUCUGAAUUCACUACUGCUAACUGUUCUUUCAACUUGGCUGUCCUAUUACUCAGCAUACACUGUAUGUAAAAUGUUCUUCAUUUGAUGCUUGAUUUUUCUUUUUUUUUUGAUGCUGCUAUAGUCUGAGGUGAUUCCACUGUACAGUUAAAAUAUUCUCUUCACGCAAGAUGGUACUUGUAUGAAUAAAAGACUUCUCAAAUUAAAUCAACAAAUGAGACGCUCACAAAGCAGUGUUAUUGCCUUGUUGAAAUUUUGAUGGUGUAUUGAUUUCCCAUGUUGCUUUUGAUGACAGCCUUUUAUUUUAUUUUUUGUCCUGUCAGUAAUAUAUUGCAAAUUUCAAAUGAUACUUGAUGUGGGAGAUUUGCACAACAAGAUAGUCUCCCUUAAUUCAAACCUAUGUUAAAGCGUUUCCUACACUGUAUAUAGUGGGUUUCACCGCCUGUACUUUUUUAUCACUUGACAAGCAUGGCCAACUUUUCAUGUUCCACAAAGCAAAGAUAAACAAUACAGCUACUACGGUUAGAAAUUUCACAUCUCUACAACACAUUUGAAAGGUUUCAGCACCCCAAUCCUUCCAAGCUGUGAAUUGUACAGUUUUUCUUGUAGUUUAUAUUUGUACAUUUUGUUUGUUUGACUGGGGGUGGUGGCGGCGGCAGCGGCGGCGGUGGUGUUGGAGGGGUUGCUUUGAUGUAUAUUAUUCCAUCAAUUCGGUUUGAAUUGGACUUUUAUAGGAUAUUAUGCAGAGUCUUCUGCUUUGGUGAAAUACUUCCAGUAGUAAGAGAUUUCUGUUCUCUGUCACUUGUAUCUGGUAUGUUUUUUUUUUUUUGUUCCACCUCCCUCACUGCUAACUCAUCAUGAGCAGAGGAGGGAGUAACUAUUGUUGCCAUGUUCAUUUUGGGUGCAGUGAUGAAACUGAGAGCUGAGAUGCACAGAGGAGAAAUGGCCUCGACACUUCCUCCUCUGCUCAUCUCACUUCUCUCUGGACAGCAUUGCCCCCUGGUGAAUGUGCUCUGAUUGUCAAAGGCUUGUAUUUAAACUGUGUGGGAUUGCUUUUGCCUGCUGUAUGUCCCACUGCAUUACCCCACCCUACCCUGCUGCACUCUAAUCACAGACUGUAUGUUGAGAGAGAAAUAAAUAUUAUUUUGUGCUUGA